CCGACACUGAAUACGACCAUGAGCGCUCUUCUGCGGGCUUCGUGUGUGCUUCUCCUCGGCCUCCUCUUCUCCUCCUCCUCCUCCUCCUCCUCCUGCAGGGACCGGGACCGGGUCCGGAUCCCGCCUCACGACCAGGUGGCCCGGGUCGCGCGCUUCGUGGCCCACCAGGUAGACUGGGCCUCCAUGGCCACCGUCUCUACCCACGAGCCGGUGGUGGGUCGGCCGUUCUCCAACGUGUUCUCGGUCAGCGACGGACCGGAGAGCUCCGGUACCGGGGUCCCCUACAUGUACCUGACCCGCAUGGAGAUCUCGGUCCAGGACCUGCAGGUGAACCCUGAGGCGUCUCUCUCCAUGUCUUUGGCUCAGACAGACUUCUGCAGACUUCAAGGCUUCGACCCUCAAAGUCCUUUAUGUGCUCACAUCAUCCUGACUGGGUCUGUGCUGGAGGUACACACACACACAUAAACACACUCACACACACACACAUAAACACACUCAUACACACUCACACACACAU